AGCCACCUGUUCGAUCAUUUAGCUCAAUGGAAAUGAGGUUUAGUCGUAUGUUGUCACAAUGAAACUCAAGCGUUGCUAAGGACGCAUUCGUUGCUAUCGAUACCAUACAGUGAGUCAGUGUAUACAGUUGGAGCUUGUACUAAAACAUUACAGUAGCCAUAAUUAGUUAUUUUAUUUGCACUUUAUUUUUAUUUUAGUUAAGUCAUACAUUGACAAAUUCUAUAGAAAUUGCAUUAAAAACUAAUUUUUUGGACACUACAGCAUAAAAUGCCAUCUAAAAGGGGAUCAAAAAACCAAAGUGCAAUACGAAGAUCUCGACAUGUAGAAAGCGAGACCAACGAUGGUGAUGAAGUUUCAAGUCAAAGCUCGACCGGUGAUAAUGAAGGUCGCUCUCGUGAAUCUUCUAGAGUAGAACGAGUUAUCUCAGCUUCAUCUAAAAAGAAGCGGCGAAAAAAUGACGAUAACGAAAAUUAUUAUUCCUAUGAGCGGCAGAAGAAAGAAAUACGAAGAAAAAAAGACGGAGAAUCGUCAUACGAAAGUUACGAUUAUGAAGAAGAGGAUAUUUCAGUGCGUAAGCACAAUAAGAAACAUCGUAAACCCGAGAGAGUAAAUAAUUCCUCUAACGGUAGUAUUGACAACAGUAGUGCAUCGAUAAAUAAAAAGGCCCAGAAAAGUAAGAGACGCUCUAAGCAAGAAAAAUCAGACGAAUUGCCGAUCGCUGAAAUUCUGAAAAAAGCUCAAGAACAACAACGCACGAAAUACGAGGAUCCUGUGCCUCUGCCAAAACUCACAACGGAUACCAUUUACGUGCAGGGAAGAAACGGUUUCAAUCCCGUAAAAAUUAUUAGUAAUAGCAAGAACAACCGACAAAGUUCGAACAUGCCACAUCCUUCAUCACGAUCUAGGCCAAUCAGAAUCGCAGUAAUUUUUCAACAGAUUUGGCGCGCAAUUGGCUCUAUUUGCCAGGGUUUACUUGGAGGAAUCGCUUUGUUACAUUUGAUUCUUAUAAAAACUUACUUCAACAACACCGAAGAGUUUAUAAAUAAUUACUCGACAUUUUCGCAGAUACACACGAGCAUAUUUUCAUUUCUGAUGGCUGUAGCUAUAAUUGGAACUUUUGACAAAUUUGAUUUGGGUCAUGUCAGUAAGAAUCAUUGGUUGGCAAUUUUCAAGAAACGCUUUAAAUCAAUUCUUGCGAUACCGUUAUACAUAACUGCAUUUGUCCUUCACCAGAUGACUGCAAAAGUCGAUGAUAAACUGAUGCUAGUUCACUAUAACUCUAGCAACAUCACUUAUCAUCAUCCAGUAGAUAUUUUCAACGAGACCGUUGACUUUAUGCCUGAGGAGAUAAAAAUGUGGAAUAAAUUGACGUUGUCGAAGGAUAUUAUAGCCGUACUGGGUUGGGUCUUCACCUCAGUCGACAAUCAGAAGGAUAUGUUUUUAAGACAUCUUGAAGAAAUGAAUAGUUAUGCAGAAAACGUGAAUAUGCCAACGUAACAAAUCAAUUUUUCAAUUUAUUAGUUGAUACUAAUGUCCGUUAAUUAUAUAAUGAACAACAGGUGAUAAUGUUGUUCGAAAAUGUACAUAUGUGUCUGUAAAUAUUUUAUGUACAAUAAAACUUGAUCGAUUUAUCACACAAAUCAACAUUUAUGUUGAACGUGUACUGGAUUCUUUAAAUGAUGAAAUCGUACAUGAAAUGUACUUGUUAAUUGAAAAAGUAAGAAUAUAUAAUAAAAAUGUAUCUUUAUUUCUUACAAUCAAAUAAUUUGAUUCUCUUUUUGCAUAAUAAUUUCGCUAAUUUACACGUUUAUAUUUUUAAUAUACCAAAACUAUUGUCUAAUUACAGAAUAAGACAUGCAUAGUCUUGAUGAUCAUACCAUUAAUAUAUUUCAAUAUAUUUGUUUACUAUUAUUUCAAUACUGACAAUAAGAAUUUUAAUUCUAAUACUUUUUUACGUCGAAUUAUUCAUUAUAUAUAUAUAUAUACGUUUUUACUAAAGUUAGUAGAUUUUUAAUAAUUAUGAAGGCACAGUAUACAGUUCACCAAAGCUUUUAACUUUGUUACUCUACAUUUAUAAUUGUUUUAUUUUGUAAAGAGAUACUUUUUCGCUUGCUCAUUUGGUAUUAAAAAUUAGUCAGGUAAAAGUAUAAGAAAAUUUGUUGGCAUAAUUAUCGACAUUUGAACAAAGAUUCGUAUUAAUAGAUGAUUUGGAAUUAAAAAAAUUCAUAGUCAUAAAUUGGUAAAAAAAAUUUAAUAAGUAAACAAUGUAUCACUCUCGUAGAACACUCAAGUUUUCUUAAUUCGUUUUUAAAUAUACUCCAGGUACACAAAAUCGAUAGAUAUUCUUUAUUUUUGUAAAUUUACCCUUACAUUGACUAGUGUGCGUUUCUCGUAAUAACUUUGAACUUUUCAUUGAAUGCAUGUACUGCUAGAACAACUGUAAUGUAUACAGAGUUUACAUCUAGUUUCAUAUACUUCCUAUUUU